GGGCCUGCCACUCGCCAUGAAGACAACCUCAAAGAUGUGAAAGACUUACUUGUUAACUGGCGGUUCAAAACUUGGAUGACUGUCUACUCUGAAGCUGCUCCGUAUGGACCCAAGGGACUUCUCCCUGACCUCAUGCUGAGCAAAAUCGCUUCAAGCCGGAAACCAGAAAACUAUUGGAGAUCUUGUUGGAGUUGGGUGGAGCACAAACAUGGUGAGGAGGUGUUGGAGCUGCUGAGAGUGUUUGAUGCAGAAGUAGAUGAUAAACGGAAGGCAGAGCAGUUGCAACAAUCAGAGGCAAAAAAGAAAGAGACACAAGAGCAGAAU